CAAAAACAGAAAUAUUUUUUAAUUUAAAAAAAAAAAAAUCUCUUUGUUUUUCCACAUAUUUCUAAUCUAUUUAUUAACCUAAAUGAAGAUGAAGCUAAGUAUUGGCAUAUUUUUUGGUGGUCUCUUUGGUGCAUUGGGGAUUUUAAUCUAUCUCGUAGCCUUUGGAAGUGACUAUUGGCUUCUUGCCAAGGAAAUUGAGAAAUGCUCAGAAAACCAAGAAACUGGGGAUAAUGCAACCCACUCGGUUCUCUUGCACCAUGAAGGAUUUUUCUGGAGAUGUUGGUUUAAUCAUGCUGAAGAAGAAAACUCAAACACCAUGGAGAAUUUCUGGUUCACUAACCAAGCACCAACUAAGAACUGCACCCAUGCAUACCUCUCCCCAUUUCCACAGAAUAGAGACAACAGUAACUCCACCUCGUAUCAUUCUGCACUUGUAUACCGUGGCUUCUGGAACAUAUUCAUGCUUCUUGGUGUAGUAACAGCUGUAAUUGGGGGAUUCCUCAUUAUCUGUGCUGCUCCCUUCACAAACCACAGAAUUUAUAAAGCAGGAGGGGGCCUAUUCAUAACAUCUGGAAUUCUCUUUGCACUGGUGGUUGUAAUGCACGUCUUUUGGGUACAGAGCGUAUCUGAUAUCAAGGGUUACACGGACACCAGACAGCAAGAUUGUUCCCAAUUCACCGUGUAUGUUAGCUUUGGCUGGUCAUUCAUGUUGGCUCCAUUUGGAAUAUUUUUCUGUUUAUUUGCAGGAAUGCUUUUUCUGCUAGUUGGACAUACUAUACAUGUACAUACCAAGUAACACAAAAAAACAGAAAUAACUUCCCAGUAAUUUCUUUUCUAUAUCUGUCAAUCCGUAAUAAUAGGGUUUUGUAAACAUUUUAAUCUUUUAUUAUGUCAAUGUCAGACCAAAUCAUAGAAUUAGAAUGUGUUUAUUCUGUAUUUAAAUGUACUAUAUAAGCAAACACAUAACUUAUUUUUUUCUGUUCUCUUCAAUGUGCAAAAUACACAACAUCCUUGGCAGAGAAA